AUGGCUGUACGAAAAAUGUACAUCAAUAUUAUCGAUUUGAUUAAAUGGGUGCGCAAACGUAAAACUACUGAAAAACCGGUUCAAACCUUGGGCACACUGGGGGAAUUGCGGAGUAACACCAAGGAAACGGGAAAAAUAUUUCGCAAUACGUACCGUAACGAGGGAAACGUCGUUUUAAAAGAUUUGCUUAGGAGGAUAUUUUGA